AUGGUGUCAGGCUCCAUCAACACUGGAUGGGUGUCCACUACAGAUCCGGGUCCGAAUUGGCACCAAACGCCUGACGCGUUUCCCUGACGACGGCUUCGCAGGGGCAUCCAGCCGGCGGCCAGGAUGUCGUCCGUGGGGAAGGUGACCCGGGUUCAGAAUGGGAAAGUCUACCAGCAGAUCUUCGAGGCUGAGGUGCAGCUGAUCCACUCCCUGGCCGUCAGCAGGAAGCAGGCCGCAGAGCAUUAUGUGCCCCCGAAGAGUGGCAGGGCACCCUUGAUGAAGAAGGUGGAAAUUCCUGAAGGAGAGAUGAUGUCUCCUCGGCAGCAGAAGUGGGCACACAGCCUCCCCAAUGACUGGGUCACAGAAAACCCUGUUCUCUACAGGGAAAAGGAAAUAGCGCACAGGGAGAAAGUCCAGGAGACUGAGAGCGCUGCCGCCGCCCGAGAAGUGCGUGGCCUCAUGGACACGAUGGUUCCCGAGAAGAUAAACAUCGUCACCCUUCGAGGGCGAGAAGAGCACACAAGGAAGAGCUACGACAGCGCCCUGGCGAGCUUUCAGGAGGAGAUUGCUCAGAUCGGGAUGGACAUGGAACCUCUCCUCUUGGAGACAGGGGGACUUUUUUUGAAAAAACUGUCUGAGUCUAAUGAAGACGUCGACAGUCUCUUCAAAAAGGUGGAAAACGACACCAACCUCGAGGACUACACCAUGCAGGCCCUGUCGGAGCUGUGGAAUAAGGUGGCCAAGACGUUCCAGCUCCAGAAGCAGAAGAUCAAGGAACUGGACGAGGCGCUACACUCUCUGGAGUUCUCCCGCGCCGACAAACUAAAAAAUGUGUUGAAGAAGUAUGUGAAAAUCAUAGAGAAAACUUCCUAUCUCAUGCAGCCCGAUGUGUACAGGCUGAUAGAUAAAGAAGCCAUGGUCAUAAACCAUGCCCUGCUGGGCAACCGGAGGGCCCUGGCCCAGCUGUUCGUCAACCUGAUGGAGGCCACCCUGCGGGAGGAGCUGGACAGCCACCACCGCUGGCAGGGCCUGGUGGACACCUGGAAGGUUCUCAAGAAGGAGGCCCUGCGGGAGAGUUUCAGUGAGUUCAUGGCCAGUGAGGAUAUCCGGGCUCCUCCAGCCGUGAAGAAGGAACUCGAGGUCAUGCUGAAGACCCAGAAUGUUCUGCAGCAGAAGCGGCUGGAGCAUCUCUGCACCAUCUGCGACCUCCUGCCCCCCAGUUACAGCAAGACUCAGCUGAAUAAGUGGUAUUUUUCUCUCAAGGCCCUGAACAAGCAGCUUGACACCUACCACGUGGACUGCAUGAUGCGCAUCCGCUUCCACUACGAGAAGACCUGGCAGGAGUGCCUGGCCCACGUGCAGGACUGCAAGAAUCAGCUGCUGGACUGGAAGGCCUUCACCGAGACAGAGGCAGAGACCCUGGUGAACCAGUCCUUCUUCCGGAUGGUGGGGGUGCUGCAGGGCAAGGUGGAGGAGGACCUGGAGCUCUUGGACAAAUCCUUCGAGGCCCUGGCUCAGCAGACGGAGUGGCAAAGCUCGAAUCUCUUCAGGUACUUCCAGGAGGCAGCACAGCUGUGGGAGGCACACCAGGGCAAGCUGUCGGUGCAGGAGCUGGAGCUGGAGAAGAGGCUGGAGGAGCACCAGCAGAAGCACAGCCUGGAGAACCAGGCUCUGGAGGCCCAACUUGAUAAGCUCUUGGACCAACUGAGGCAGCAGAGCCACGAAGAAACACUGGCAGUUCACCUGGAAAAGGCCAAAGAUUUUCUGAAGAACAUGAAAUCCAGGUAUAAGUGUUUUCAUGUCCUUCUGACAAAGGAAGUGAUGGAGUACCCAGGGAUCAUACUGAAUGAACUCAACUCCUACAGCUUCGACCUCAGCCGACACUUCUUCGUGCGUGAAAUCUUUGAACAGAACUUGGCUGGAGAAGUCAUUUUCAAAUUCAGGCAACCAGAAGCACAUGAAAAGCCCUUCCAGAAGAGAAUUAGAAGACUGAGGAAAAGGCUAAGGACUAAAGUGGAAAUAAGCAAAAGUGAGGAAAGCGUAAGUAGAGGGACAAGUUCUACCAGGCCAGCAGAAGAGAUGAAAGAAGAAAAACAUCAAGAAACAGAGUCCUCCAUAACUGAAGAGGUCCUGAGCCAGCAGGAAAAAUCUGCACUGAGCGAUGAGAUGGAUGAGUCCAAAGAGGGCUCCAUUCAAGGACUGGAAGAAAUGCAGGUCAAAAGAGAGAGUUCCUUGAACCAGGAAAAUGUGAUGGUUCAAGAAGAAAGGAAGGAGGAGGAGGAAGAGGAGGAGAAGAAGGAGGAAGAGGAGGAGGAAGAGAAAGAGGAAGAGAAGAAGGAGGAAGAGGAGCAGAAGGAGGAAGAGGCAAAGGAAGAGCAAGAGAAUUCUUCAAUGGGUGAGGAUGAAGACAAUGAAGAGAGUCUGAAGGAGAUCCACUAUGAGUACAUGGAGUCCUUCAAAACCUCCAGUGGAAACAUUUAUUUUGUCUUCCUGCCCCUGGAAGAAGAAGAGCGUUUCAAGAAGCCCCAUUCCUCCUUCUCAGCCAUGCUCCUCGACAACACUUCCAGUGCCAAGUACAUAGAGCAAGUGAUAAUUCCAGCCAAACUAAUUUUAGAAAUUAAGAAAGAACUUCGAGCUGGCUUCUUCGAACACCUGGAGAAGUGGUUUGACCAGUGUGCCCUCAACGCCCGGGUCAUCGUGGCCACCAAGAUUGAUGAGCUGGAUUCAGAACUGGAGCUGCGUCUGCACCUGCACCAGCCAAGAGCCCAGAACAUUGAGAAGGACAUCCACAACGUCAGGGCAGCCGAACUCCUGCUUCAUCAAGAGCGGUUGGACAGCCACUGCGCGGGGGUGGUCGAGGUGCUGAAGAAGAAGAGGCUGAUGUUCUGCCAGUUCCAAGAAGAGCAAAACAUGAGGAGCAAAAACUUCCGCCGCAAGAUUCAUGACAUGGAGCACGUCUUCUUGAACGCCACCAAGAGCCAAAAGCUGGUCAUUCUCAGCAGUACCCUGCAGCGGGAGCUGCUUAGCUAUGUCGACGUCACGCAGGUGUCCCUGCGCAGCUUCCGGCAGUACUUAGAGGAGAGUCUGGGCAAACUCCGCCUCACAAACAUCGAGUUUGUCAAGCACUGCAGAUUGUUUUCUGAGGGAGGCAACUUUUCUCCUGAAGAAAUCAGUUCACUGUGUCAUCGACUGGAGAAGGAAGCUUCUCGAAUAGAGUUUGUUGAAAGCUUAAUCAUGCUCUAUAUGGAGAAGAUGGAGACUGAUUACCUGGAACAGGUGGCAAAAUCCAAUUUGCAAACGGAUCAAUUAAAUUCUUCUCUGGAACAGCUUCAGCGCAAGAUAGAAACUUGUCGAGACUCAAAGGGCGAUAAAACAGUAGUGACCACAGAAGAACUCCUUGGCUUUGUCCGAACUUGGAAAGAAAGACUGAGCCAGAGGAUUCAGUACCUCAACUGCAGCCUGGACAUGGUGUCUGUGACGCAAGUGGUCUUCGCGGACACCAUCUUGACUGACCUGGAGGAGGAGAGUGACAUCGUGGUAUCUUCAGAAGUCCUUGAAGAGGAGUCCAAGGAGAACCCGAUCACCCCUGAGUCCUUCGGCCUGCCGAGCCGCAUGGGGAAGCCCAUGAUUGAAGACCCAGCCGUGGAGGUGGUCAAGAAGAUCCUGCAACAGGUAGAGGCACAGAGGCCUGUGGUCUGGGGGCAGCAGUGGGGAAGCUGGUGGUGCUGUGUGGCCCCUCCUCACCUCCUAUCCUCACUCUCAUCCUGGCUCUUGUCACCCAAAGGCCUGAAGCGUCGGUACCGGCCAGAAAGCUCUGGGAAGAAGGCCAUGCCCGAUGCCAGCGCCACUUCUGCAGGGAGCUUCACAAAGCACUCCAAGCCCAAUAGAAUGGACCGGAAGUACCAGGUGCUUGGGGAGAAGCCUCCACCUCCUGCCGAGGAUUUUAAAGGGACCAUCUUGACCCUCCUCUGGGAGAGCAACGAGCACCUGCUGACCGUCGCGGAGGAUUUUUACCGCAAAGAGAGGCAGCGCCCAAUAACCAGGCCUGACUGCAUGUAUGAAACCUUCGACCAGUGUGCCGAGAACAUCUGCAAGAAGAUCCUGGAGUACCAGAGCCAGGCGGAGGAGUACCACAACUCCUGCCUCGUGGAAUUACGGGCCCAGAUGAGGAGAUUUGAGGAGCUGCUGCCCCAAGUGUGUUGGCUGGUGAUGGAGAAUUUCAAGGAGCACCACUGGAAAAAAUUUUGCACCUCUGUGAAAGAGAUCCGAGGACAGUUUGAGGAGCAGCAGAAGCAGCUGGAGAAAAGAAAGGAUGAAAAUGCCCAGAAGCUCCAUCCAAGUCUUGGACACCCCACACAUUUCCAAGAAAUGGAGUCUCUACACUUAGCAGAAGAGAAAAGACAGGAAGAGCUGGACAACGUGAUUAGGAUAAACAAGGAGAAGCUGGAGGAAUUAACCUGGAAGAACGGCCGGUGUUUCAUAGCCAGCUUGGCCACCUUCACCGAGAAGUUCCUGGUACAGUUGGAUGAAGUGGUCACCAUCGAUGAUGUCCAGGUUGCAAGGAUGGAGCCCCCCAAGCAGAAAAUGUCAAUCCUCAUACGAAGGAAACUCGCUGGGCUGCCCCUGGAGGAAGAGAGUGAGAAGCCCCUGAUUGAACGUGGGAGCAGGAAGUGGCCAGGAAUCAAACCCACCGAAGUCACCAUUCAAAACAAGAUUCUUCUCCAGAAAACAGCGUCAAUAUUCACCAGCAAAACAACCCUGGGCCACCUGGCGGCCGUAGAAGCCCGAGAUGCUGUGUACCUGAAAUACUUAGCAUCGUUUGAGGAGGAGCUGAAGAGGAUCCAGGAUGACAACACGUGUCAGGUGAAGGAAGCGCGGCGCUGGAAGGACAGCUGGAAGCAGUCCCUGCGCACCAUCCAGGGCCUCUACGUGUGA